AACACGUUCUCCAUUGCGGCGUUGUACGAAUCCUUCUUUCUGACAGUGAAAGCUGCAAAAUUACAUGCGCAGUCUUCUCUUCUUCUAGAUGUUGCUUUCAUAAUCGUACGAAGUCUACGGAGAUGCACGGUUACCCCUCUCUAGAUUUUCGGGAUAUUGCCCUCCUGGGCUCGAAACGUGUCGGGAGCGCAAGUCUAGGAUAUCUUAGCUGAUUGCAUGGAUCUUGCUGCCUUUUACAGAGCAGUAUACCCAUGAAGACUCAUCGAUAUCUCGCAAUAUUCAAUACAUUUCCGAGGAGAGGCUCGCCGAACCUAGCACCCGAGCUGAUGGGCACCUCGGACAGAUGAUCUUAGCUGUGCUGACCUUCUGGACAUACACCAGGACCUUCCUUCAAGUUCAAGGGGCUGUCCGUUUCUUCUCUUGAUAUGGCUGCAUCGAAGUGUAUGGCGCUGUCAAGCCGGCGGAUUUCAAGCCGUUUACACGGUUCCAUAUCUAGGAGCCUUGGGCCUCGCCACCAUCCUGUCAUUCCCGCUAUCGUGCGCAGUCGCCCGGGUACUAGUAUCUCUGUACUUCAUUCAGUCAACUUGCGCGCAGAGCCUCGUGUAUAUACAAGGACGCAGUAGAACAUCUGUUUCUCGCCCACUAAGCACGAUGGCCACAACCAAACCAUCCGCCGAAGGGACCAUUGACUUCCCGUACAACGGCGAGACGUUCCAGACGUACUACAAGGUCUUUGGUGAUCUCAAUAAUCGCACUCGUAGCCCUCUCAUCGCACUUCACGGCGGACCGGGGUUGUCUCAUGACUAUCUCUUGCCCAUCUCAGAUCUUGCCACCACCGCCAACAUUCCUGUGAUCCUCUACGACCAAAUCGGCAACGCGCGCUCAACCCAUCUCAAAGACAAACCACCUACAUUCUGGACAGUCGACCUCUUCAUCGACGAACUCGUCAACUUAUUGAAUCACUUUAACAUUUCGGACUCUUUUGACCUCCUCGGACAUUCAUGGGGAGGCAUACUCGGUUCAGAAUUCGAAGUUCGCAGACAACCCGCCGGGUUGAAACACCUCAUUUUGAGCGAUUCCCUUGCCGCGUCAGCGUUGUGGAACAAAUCGAACAUGGAGUUGAUGCAGUCCAUGCCCAAAGAGGUUCAGGAAGGAUUGGGCGCCGGUAUGAAGGAUCCAGCGAAGUUCUGGGCGGCUUUGCAGGAGUUCCAUAAGGUGUAUGGAUGCACCGUGAAGCCUUUCCCGCAGGAAUACCUUGACUCCAUGUUAUGGGUAUUCGGACCUAAUGGCGACCCUACUGUUGCUGGUGCACCUAUCCUGAAAGACUGGACUAUCAUCGACCGCCUCAAUCUGGUUCGCGUACCAGCCUUCGUGAUCAACGGUCGCAAAGACAUUGCUCAAGACUUCGUCGUGAAGCCCUUCUUCGACGGUAUCAAGAAGGUCAAGUGGGUGACCUUCGAGAACUCCAGCCAUACUCCCUUCUUCGAGGAGCGUGAGAAGUACAUGAAACUCGUGGGUGACUUCUUAGCUCUUUGACUGGAUGAGGGAGUUCUGCAUUCGAAAUUGUAAUUUUGAUGUUUUCGUGGCCUCGGUACUUUCUGGUGGUGUUCCUGUGUGUAUUUUUACAAGCUCGCAUUUUCCCAGGUGGACAUUUAGCAUAUUCAGAAUUCAAGAUCAGGAAUUUCACCAUCCCCAGUUUGGUUAUGUCCUUGCUACACAUUUGCCAGUUAGUGACAUGCAUGGCGUCCCAGUACCGUACGUGUGCCGUCCCUCACCAACUUCACACAGACUUGCACGUCUUACAUGUGGAAGUGUCAACUGUUGGACGCCAAGUCUCGUCAGCAGACACCUCAACAGCCUCAUUCCUGAUCCUCACCGGGGAGUGCUGUCAAGUCUGUCAACAACGCCUUCGAUACUACUCGUGUAGGGAGCGGAUCUAUGCGACCAUUUGAUUAUCACUGUAUGAACGUUGACCGGGUUUUCUGCCUUCUUCCGUUUGUCCCCUCGGUUCCAUCUCAAGCAAAGGGUCGGGUACAAUCAAAGGUAACUUGAACAGGGUAGACGCACUCAGUACGUUAAUGGAUGAAUGUACUCCGAAGCCAAGAUAUGCUAGUAUUUGCGUGAAUUCAAGGAGGUCGUGCAGUUCGC